UCAUCUCUUCAGCCCCACAGAGGAACACCAAGGAUAAAGACGCAGAUCCACGGCAAUCUUGUUGAUCAUGCGACAUUACAGAUUCAUUUUGAGGACCGUGACUUUCCUGAUCAUCCUGCAGGGGGCAGCAAUGGUGCUCUUUUACGGUUGGUGUCUCCAGCACAAGUGCAGCAGUGUCACAGAGUCCAACAACAAAGUUCACGUGUUGGUGCUUACGUCGUGGCGGUCAGGUUCCUCUUUCCUGGGUCAGGUGUUCGGCCAACACCCGUCGGUGUUCUAUCUCAUGGAACCCGGGUGGCACGUGUGGACACAAUUGAGGGUUGGUGCACGGAAAACCCGGAUGGCUGUAAGGGAUCUGUUACGAAGCCUAUUCCAGUGUGACUUCUCAGUAAUGGAGUCUUACCUGGAACAGACGUCUCACAUCUCCAACUUGUUCUUUUGGAGUCACAGUCGAGCGCUGUGCUCGCCUCCAGCCUGCUCUCUCACACCACGCAACCAAAUAAGCAACCAGACUGAGUGCCUCAAAGUGUGUGGCACUCAGGGCCUGGAGGGGGCGCAGGAUGCCUGCAGCACUUACAGCCAUGUGGUGUUGAAGGAAGUACGAUUCUUUGAGCUGGAAUCCCUCUACCCACUUCUCCAGGACCCAAGUCUAGACCUUCGCAUCAUCCACCUGGUUCGAGACCCGAGGGCAGUGGUGCGGUCCAGAGAGUUGGUAUUUGGAAACUUUCUCGCUGAUAAUGACAUGGUCCUGGACAAGAGAUUUGUCCCAGCGAAGGAGGUGGAUUAUGAAAUCAUGCAGAAGAUCUGUAGUAGCCACGUGCGCAUCACUGAUAGAGCUCUUGUGAAUCCCCCUCCCUUUCUUGAAGGCCGUUACAAGUUGGUUCGCUAUGAGGAUGUGGUGAUUAACCCACUGGAAGAGAUAAAUGCCUUGUAUGAGUUUGUUGGUCUGGGGAUGACCAGCACACUGGCAGACUGGAUCUACAGGGUGACACAUGGCAAAAGUAAAGGUUCUCAGAAUGAAGCCUUCCAAAUUACUUCUCGAAGUGCUGCAGAUGUUUCUCAGGCCUGGCGCACCACUUUACCAUACAACAAGGUGAAACGGAUCCAAGACGUGUGUAAGCCAGCCAUGACAUUGCUCGGCUACAGAACAGUUAACAGUGAAAAAGAUCAAAAGAACCUUGACUUGGAUCUGCUGGUGCCACAGGAACCAUAUCAGCUGGUUACCAGCAAAAACAGAGAACCCCAAUAAGCUGUAAAGUCUGAACCCGACUUCAGAAGAGUGUUCACACAGACUGACUCAGCCGAGGGAACACUGUCGCCCUCUUAAAACUGUCAAAACCGAUUAAUGGUCACUGAAUUCAUUUUUCUUAAUGCAGCCCAAAAUCACAGCAUGACUUCAGAUUGUGCACAACAUGUGACGCCCUCUGUGUCGAGACUUCACCGGGUUCAGAGAACUCCAUGGACAGGCACCAGGCUGCAGCUCAGGGUUAUGGACCUCCUUGUGAUGUCCAUCACAGACCAUCAUAGUGACCUCACACUGGACAUGUCUGUUAACAGACGGAGAGACGAAGAUGUCGGGAAGAAUGCUGCAGGAACAGGUUUCAGGAAAGGACACAGAACAAAAGAACAAACACUGGUGGUGUGAAAGGAUUAAAUCAGACUGAACAUCCUCAUCAGCAGAGUCCUUUGCUGUAUUAAUACAGACUAAAGUCUGAAAUCCAAACCCAUCAGGACUAACAAAUAAUGUCAGCGGUAGAAGAGAAAACAGCUAACGUUAAAGAGAACAUGUGUUUUUAAAUCUGGAUUUAAAGAACAGAAUUAGUCUCAUGAGUUUCAGCCGAGGAUGAGUUUCAGAGUGUGUGAGGAUCUCACAUUGACAAGAAGUUCAGUGAUUUUCGUUCAGAGAAAUCUAAUUAGAUUUCUUACAUUACAUUCAGACAGUGGUGGGCACAGUUCUGAUAAUCCAAUAACCGAUAAUGAUCGAAAAUAAUUUUUAGACCGAUAAAGCUGAACAGCGACAAAUAUUUAUAAACCUUAAAAUCAGUUGAGCACCUACCUGUUAAAUGUUCAUAGCUGAUGUGUAGUUCUACCUUCUGCAAAACACAGAAGCGCUGCUUCAAAAAGAAACCGCUCCAUCCUCUGAAGGCAAAGGAGAACUGGUCCCAAAAA